GAACUAAUGAAGAAGUUAGAGCAUGUGAACAUUGUCACGUGUGUGGGUAUUGCGACGGGACCUCCGCUAGCGAUUGUCAUGGAAUUGAUGACUAUGGGAGAUCUCUACACCUAUUUGCGAUCCCAGGACGAGCGGGAGUGCUAUGUGACGGAUGCACAGCGGCUGUACACCAUUUACCAGGUGGCCCGAGCCAUGCACUAUCUGUCCAACCAUGGAGUGGUCCACAGAGACCUGGCUGCGCGAAACUGCAUGAUGUCCCCUCCACGAGCGGGCACCUUUGGAUUCCCGAUCGUACGUGUGUCGGAUUUUGGACUUUCGCGUGAGAUAUCAGACACUGAGAACUAUUACAAGAUGCAGUCGCACGACAAGCUACCCAUCCACUGGAUGGCUGUGGAGGCUAUAGUUGAUAGGAAGUUCUCAGUUGCAAGUGAUGUGUGGAGUUUUGCGGUGGUGGCGUGGGAGGUAUUCGGCGACGCGUGUGCAAAGCCACACCAAAACCUCAAUGUGUUUCAGAUGUUGGAGUACUAUAAAUCGGGCAAGCGUUUACUGCAGCCUGCCAAAUGCCCCGAU